GGCAUCGAAGUCCAAAAACCUUUGCGGCUGUUGGGGUUUGAGCUGAGAACGACAGCUAUGGGUUUAUGAAGGAUCGUUAAGGUUGUACAAUUUUAACCUUUUUGUUCGAAUGCGGUGGGCAUCUUGAGACGCAAGUGGCCACUUCGUAUUGCUUGAUAAAAUAUGUGGUUCUUGAAUUGCGUGAGUUGGGUGUCAUUCAUCCUGCAAAUUUGCUUCUUCACACUAGCCACAGCGUCAUGCCUAUACUACAUGGCGGAGCUGGUUGAGGAGUUCUCAGUGGCUGCGGGUCGCUUCAUCCGCUGUACCAUUGCGGCGGUGCUGCUCGUGCACCUGGGCGUCAUGGUGUUCGAGAGCGUGCCUCUACACGUGCCGGCCUGCGGCGUGCUCGGCCUGGCCACCAUGCUGCUGAUGAUGCGCACCUUCCCGUACUUCGAGCUGGCCUCGCCGUCGUUCGCGCUCGCCUGCGUGAUGCUGGUUGUGAACCACUACCUGGCGUUCCAGCACUUCACAUCGGUGUACUACCCCUUUCAUGAGGUGAUCGGCUACUUCGUGGUCUGCCUGUGGCUGGUACCACUUGAGUUGCUCGUCUCGCUGUCGGCCAACGAGAACGUGCUGCCGACGGUGGCCGAUCACAGCUCCUCUAACCGGCACGAAGACGACGUGCUCAGUAAUUACUUCUCACGCAAGGGCAAAAAGUACGGCCUGCUGAGCCUGUUCAAUUACGCCAAAGACGGUCUGCUACCAGUGCGCAACAAGAAGUCCUACUAAUGAGCCGCGUUCGUCGCCCCGCGUGGCACGAUGUGGCCUCCAGCCGAGCGGCGCUGACACCAGCGCGCCGCGCAUUCGUUUAGAGGGACACCUGCCGUCCGCACUCAGUGAGAGGCCAGCUCUGCGCGCCGCGGCGGGCCGGUGAGCUCCCGCCGCCGCGUCGACCGGCGGCGUCGCCGCCGCGGCCGGAGUCAGCCCGUGUCAACUGAGGUCGAUCACCACUGGUGUCGGGCCGAAGGUUUUUGUGCGCGCCGUUGGCCGACGGCGGCUUGUCAGUAGACCGCACGCGCCAGCUGACGCCCGGUCCCGCCGGCGGGACACCUGCCGUCCAGCCAAACCUGCUAACAGCCGAUGGCGGGGCGGCGCCCAGCGCUGGCGGCAGUAUUUGUACGAAUGUGACCUGAUUUGACCUCUGUGAUCGCGCGUGACAUUCAUCUGCGUGCUUUAGUGCCAGUCACUGUGUCCGGCGCGGGCGAGUGUCCGUACAAUUACACCGCCCCGUGACUGUGCCGUGCCUGCGCGUUACCGCGCUCGGUCGGGCGUCGGCGCGCGCCCGCCGCCAGUGCACCCCUGUCUCGGAUGUCUCGUCGCGUCGGACGCGAGCGCCGUGCCGCGUUGACAUCGAUACAGUCGGCCAUGGUGUCGCGGCUGGGCGGCGGAGUGGGCGUCGCUGCCGCCGGAGGACGGCCGCGGGUCCGGCUCUGCGGCGCCACGCGCCCGUGGAUGGCCGCCGGCGCUCGCGCCGCGCCCGCCCGCGGCCUGUUUGUCGUGGAAUGAGUCUGCCGGCUGCCGGAGAUUUGGAGGAUGGGGUCUGCCUUCGGGGAUUUGGGUGAUGGCGGCGGUUUUUAUCCGGCGUACGUUUGAAUUAUGCAUCGGAGGUGCAUAUUACCUGUGAAUAAUGCAGCAGACGGCGAUGUUGUGUGGGCGAACUCGCCUGGUGGUUUGGGAUAAUUCUGUAUUGCCGUGUGCAAACUGCUGAUUUGUUUUUGAGACUCCGGAGGGCAACGGCUGCUCGUAACACUGCUCUGCUCGUGAUCAGGGAUGUGAUCAGCGAACGAUGAACAUCAUCAAAUAUACGGUUAAAUACA